UGCAGUCCGCUCUGAGCUGCCCACACAAAACCCUCCCAUUGUGUCCAGUCUCUGUUGUUUCACAGGCUUCACCAAGUCACCAAGUUCCAGCGAGGAAGUUUACCAUCCCAAACCAAUGAAUCCGAAAAUGGAUAAGCCGAAGUCGAAGAUAUCGGCUUCGCGCAAACUCUCCCUCAAAAUCCUGCUCCUGACAAGGGCGAUGGAGGAACUGGAGAAAGAGAUUCAGGACAGGAACGAAGAAAAAGUGCGCUACAUCGGAGAGAAACUGCCCCCUCUGCAGCUCUCUGGAAUGUCAUUGGAGGAGCUCCAGGCUCUAUGCAAACAGCUUCAUGGAAAGAUUGAUGUGGUGGAUGAGGAGAGAUAUGACUGUGAAGCCAAAGUGAACAAGCACAAUAAAGAUAUCCACGAGUUGAAACUGAAGGUCCAGGAUCUGGGGGGGAAGUUCAAGAAGCCGGCGCUAAGGAAAGUGCGUGUGUCUGCGGACGAGAUGAUGAGAGCCCUGCUCGGCUCCAAACACAAGGGCUCCAUGGACCUGAGGGCCAACCUCAAGUCUGUCAAGAAGGAGGACGUCAAACAAGGAGACAAGGUUCUGACUUCUGAGGUGGGUGACUGGCGUAAGAAUGUUGAGGCCAUGUCAGGCAUGGAAGGCCGCAAGAAGAUGUUUGACGCCAGCGGCCAGUAAGCCCUGUGGCCGUCUGACACGAGGGGGAACGAGGGAGGAAGUGACACGGGAGAGGAAGAAGAAGAUCAUUUUUUUAAGCGAGUCGUUUUUCCUGACAUAUGAUUAUUGCAAUAAUUAUUACCAUAGACUUGCCAAAUGCGCAUGUUUUAGCAUGUCAUCAUUAAUUGUAAUCUGUUUAAUCAACAUUUUAUUCAGGUCCAAAAUAUUUUUAUGAUUUAUUUUCAUAAUUCAUAAGUCUGUUACUCACUGCACCCUGGAGUGACAGAAAAUGUCAGUCAGCAGGGAAGAUAAGAUGAUGAUUAUUAAGUUUCUUAAUCCCAUUAAGGUUUUAUGUAUUUUAUUGUGUCACACCAAGAACUUUACCAAAAACGAAAUGUCAAUCCAUAGGUAGACUGACACUGUUAACAGUCGUGAAUUCCAUCAUAUAUUAAUUGGUGCAACUGCAAAGCUAUCCUGAAUGCAUGUAAAUGCCAUUUUGUCAUAAGCAACAAAUCAUGUGGCACCAAAACUCACUUAAAACCAUAGACAAUAUUAUAAACUUGUAAUAGGUAUUUAUAAUGACGUAUUGUAUGUUUUAUUAUGCAUCUUAAAUAAAUGGCCAAAUAUGGUUACAGAUA